AGUCCCAUUCGUCGUCGUCCUGCUCCCUCUUUCUCAUUGUCUGUGAUUCAUUUUUCAUUUUUCUGGAUCUACUCUCUCUCCCUCCCCCACCUCCCUCUCUCUCUCAACUGCCAUGAAUUGUAAUCGUAAAUACUCUCCGAUUUCAUCUAUGAGAUGAUUUUUUUGUAGAAAUAGACUUUCAGUUCACCGGCAACCAAGUUCUUCGGAAAAGGGGAAAAAGAAAUGCUGCGCCUGAGAGCUUUUCGUCCGACGAACGAUAAAAUCGUGAAGAUUCAGUUGCACCCCACGCAUCCAUGGCUCGUCACGGCCGAUGCAUCCGAUCACGUUUCCGUGUGGAAUUGGGAGCACCGCCAGGUGAUCUAUGAACUAAAAGCUGGUGGUGUUGACGAGAGGCGUUUGGUUGGUGCCAAGUUGGAGAAGCUUGCCGAGGGUGAAUCAGAGCCUAAAGGAAAACCUACGGAGGCCAUGCGAGGGGGGAGUGUUAAGCAGGUCAACUUUUAUGAUGAUGAUGUACGCUUUUGGCAACAUUGGUGUAACCGCUCUGCAGCUGCCGAGGCACCAUCAGCUGGCAAUCAUGUCACUUCAGCAUUUAGUUCUCCUGCUCCAUCAACAAAAGGGAGGCAUUUUCUUGUUAUCUGUUGUGAAAAUAAAGCCAUAUUCUUGGACUUGGUGACAAUGCGUGGCCGUGAUGUACCAAAGCAAGACCUCGAUAAUAAGUCCCUUCUUUGUUUGGAGUUCCUCUCUAGAUCUGCUGCAGGUGAUGGUCCUCUUGUUGCCUUUGGUGGUUCAGAUGGUGUGAUUAGAGUUCUUUCAAUGAUAACAUGGAAGCUUGUUCGAAGAUACACCGGAGGUCAUAAAGGAUCAAUUUCUUGUCUGAUGACCUUCAUGGCUUCUUCUGGCGAGGCACUUCUGGUUUCGGGUGGUGGUGAUGGUCUACUUGUAUUAUGGAGUGCAGACCAUGGUCAAGAUUCACGAGAACUUGUACCCAAGCUGAGCUUGAAGGCACAUGAUGGUGGGGUGGUUGCUGUUGAGCUUUCUAGAGUGAUUGGUGGUGCACCGCAGCUUAUUACAAUAGGUGCAGAUAAGACUUUAGCUAUCUGGGAUACGAUCUCUUUCAAGGAGUUGCGGCGUAUUAAACCUGUUCCAAAGCUGGCAUGUCAUAGUGUGGCAUCUUGGUGCCACCCUCGAGCUCCUAACCUUGAUAUUUUAACUUGUGUUAAAGAUUCCCAUAUUUGGGCUAUUGAACACCCCACUUAUUCUGCUCUUACGAGACCACUGUGUGAACUCUCCUCGCUGGUCCCUCCACAAGUACUUGCACCUAACAAGAAACUUAGGGUCUAUUGUAUGGUUGCACAUCCUUUACAGCCACAUCUUGUUGCUACUGGAAGCAAUAUAGGUGUUAUUGUUAGUGAGUUUGAUGCUAGGUCUGUUCCAGCUGUAGCUGCCCUACCAACACCAGCGGGAAACAGAGAGCAUUCAGCUGUAUAUGUAGUUGAAAGGGAACUGAAGUUACUGAGUUUUCAGUUGUCUAGCUCAGCAAAUCCAUCUCUUGGAAGUAAUGGCUCUUUAUCUGAAAUGGGGAGGUCCAGGGGAGACUCAUUUGAACCAUUACAUGUCAAGCAGAUCAAAAAGCACAUCAGUACACCCGUCCCGAAUGAUUCAUACUCAGUUCUUUCCAUAAGCAGCUCGGGAAAGUUUCUUGCAAUUGUGUGGCCUGAUAUUCCUUUCUUCUCCAUCUACAAGGUCAGUGACUGGUCCAUUGUUGAUUCAGGCAGUGCAAGGCUUUUGGCUUGGGACACAUGUCGUGACAGAUUUGCUCUGUUGGAAUCUGCUUUACCUGCAAGAAUUCCAAUAAUUCCUAAGGGAGGCUCAUCAAGAAAGGCAAAAGAAGCUGCUGCAGCUGCAGCACAAGCAGCAGCAGCAGCUGCUUCUGCUGCUUCUGCAGCCACUGUUCAAGUUCGUAUUUUGCUGGAUGAUGGGACAUCAAACAUAUUAAUGAGGUCUAUAGGUGGUCGCAAUGAACCGGUAAUUGGUUUGUAUGGGGGUUCACUACUUGGUAUCGCGUACCGAACAUCUAGGAGGAUUAGCCCUGCUGCGGCAACAGCUAUAUCGGCAAUUCAGUCUAUGCCGUUAUCAGGAUUUGGAAUCAGUGGUCAUUCAUCCUUUACCACUAUUGAUGAUGGCUUUUCUUCUCAAAAAUCUCCUAGUGAAGCAGCACCUCAAAACUUUCAGUUAUACAGCUGGGAAAAUUUUCAACCAGUGGGUGGUCUUCUUCCCCAGCCCGAGUGGACUGCAUGGGACCAGACUGUUGAGUAUUGUGCUUUUGCCUAUCAACAUUACGUAGUAAUAUCUUCGUUACGUCCUCAGUUUAGGUACUUGGGAGAUGUUGCAAUUCCCUAUGCAACUGGUGCUGUUUGGCAUCGGCGACAGCUGUUUGUUGCUACACCAACUACGAUUGAAUGUGUUUUUGUGGAUGCUGGAGUUGCACCUAUUGAUAUAGAAACAAGAAAGAUGAAAGAAGAGAUGAGAUUGAAAGAGGCACAGGCAAAGUCUGUUGCUGAGCAUGGAGAGCUAGCUUUAAUCGCUGUUGAUGGUCCAACAACUGUUAAGCAUGAACGGAUAACACUGAGGCCCCCAAUGCUACAGGUAGUGAGGUUAGCUUCUUUUCAGCAUGCUCCUUCUGUGCCACCAUUUUUGACAUUGCCCAAACAGUCUAAAGUUGAUGGGGAUGAUUCAGCAAUAAUGAAAGAGUUCGAAGAAAGAAAAGUUAAUGAAGUCGCUGUUGGUGGUGGAGGGGUGUCAGUUGCAGUUACUCGUUUUCCUUCUGAGCAGAAACGUCCAGUGGGACCUCUUGUUGUGGUGGGAGUUAGAGAUGGAGUUCUUUGGCUGAUAGAUAGGUACAUGUUUGCCCAUGCUUUAUCACUGAGCCAUCCUGGCAUCCGCUGCCGAUGUCUUGCUGCAUAUGGAGAUGCUGUUAGUGCAGUGAAAUGGGCAAGUAGGCUGGGCAGAGAACAUCAUGAUGAUUUGGCACAGUUUAUGCUUGGGAUGGGUUACGCCACUGAAGCACUUCAUUUGCCUGGAAUAUCUAAGAGAUUGGAGUUUGAUCUGGCAAUGCAGAGCAAUGAUUUGAAAAGAGCUCUUCAGUGCCUUCUUACAAUGAGCAAUAGCAGGGACAUGGGGCAAGAAAAUUCUGGGCUAAAUUUAAAUGACAUUCUUAGUUUAACAGCUAAGAAGGAAAACCUUGUGGAUGCUGUCCAAGGAAUUGUGAAAUUUGCAAAAGAGUUUUUGGAUCUUAUUGAUGCGGCAGAUGCUACUGCACAAGUUGACAUUGCUCGUGAAGCUCUUAAGAGGUUAGCUGCUGCAGGUUCAAUGAAGGGAGCUUUACAAGGUCAUCAGUUAAGAGGACUGGCUUUACGCAUGGCUAAUCAUGGAGAAUUGACACGGCUAAGUGGUUUGGUGAAUAAUUUGGUAUCUGUUGGGUCCGGACGUGAAGCAGCAUUUUCAGCUGCAGUUUUAGGAGACAGUGCUCUUAUGGAGAAGGCAUGGCAGGAUACUGGAAUGCUUGCUGAGGCUGUGCUCCAUGCACAUGCUCAUGGGCGACCAUCACUGAAGAACUUGGUCCAAGAAUGGAACAAAAUGCUGCAGAGGGAGAUUGAGCAGACACCAGCAUCAAAAACAGAUGCUGCUGCUGCAUUCCUAGCUUCCCUUGAAGAAUCCAAGCUUACAAGUUUGGGUGAAGCUGGAAAGAAACCGCCAAUUGAAAUUCUCCCUCCAGGGAUGACAUCUCUAUCUGCUUUUCUUUCUGCUCCGAAGAAACCUACUCCUGCAACUCAGAGUUUGCAGCAACAGCCAGGCAAGCCGUUGCUAUUAGAAGCACCUCCUCCUCCUGCAGCAGCUAGUGCCCUGCCUGUAUCAGAGUCGAGUGAACCAGCAUCUGAGAGUAAAACUAUUUCACCAUCACCUAGUGACCCGAAUUUGGUUGCUCCUGCAGAAAGUAUCUCAGCAACAUCUGUAAGUAGGACACCACCACAGGAAGUUGCCCCCCAAGGGGCAGCAGAUGUUAUGGGGAUGAGUGUUCCUGCCACGCUGCCCAUGACUGAUCCACUCGCUUGAGAGGCAAUAGUGUUCUACUAGAUAUUCUAUUAAUCAUUCUUUUGGUCGGCAAAUUUUUUGAACUCCAUGGCCCCCCUUGCCCUUUUGGCCUCGAGGAACCAUGCAGUUACAAAAUUUAGGCAGCCAGAGCAGAAUUUUUUUUUUUUUUUUCCUAGCUCCUUGCAGUCGCCUAUUUGCCCUGUCUGUGUAUGAGGUAGAUUUUGGCUCUGUUGUCCUCUCACAGCCAAUUCAACUUGAUAGGAACAUGUUCAAGGCUGUAGUUUUCUCGCAUCUCCUUCCUUUUGCCAACCAAUCCCAUCCGAUCACUCGUUUUCUUGUCCUUUUCAUGUGAAGUUUCUGAGAGUGCCGACUAAUGUGUUGUUUGUAAUAUAUGAGUGAAGUGUUAUUUCAGUGUAAUAUAUCUGGGAAUCCCCAUUUUUUGA